AUGUUUAAAGUUGAUAUGAAUACUGAUCAUUUAAUGAUAUAUAAAAUUAUAUAUUUGAAUACUAAAAUGUUUCGGUUUUUUUCAAAUACCUUUGCAAAAUCAAUUAUAAGCGUCUUUUAUACCUUUUCGUUAAAUGGAAUUAGAAUAUCCUUGGAUUGCGCUAUAUACAAAUUUAAUUAUGUUGAUAUGUUUUUGCCAAAUAUUUAUAAAAAGUGUUGUAGAAUUACAUAUAUGAGCAAUAAUAUUAUAUUGAGAUUAACUAAAAUUGAUUAA